AUGAUAACUGACGAUGGUAAAAUUUUACAUAUUGAUUUUGGUUGUGCAUUUGGUCAAAAAACUAAACUCGAACGAUUACUUGGCCUUUUUAUGGAUAUACCAAGUUCUCCAUUUAGUGAAGAUGUUUUUAUUGCCAUGAUUGGUCGUGGAGAUGAUAAUGAAAUUAUAACUAAAUUAUGGCAAGGAAUAAAAGAUCAUUUAUGGUUAUGUUUUAAUGCCAUACGUAUUCAUAAAAGUCGUUUCAAACAAAUUGGAGAAGAACAAUACAAACAUUUUUAUGAAACCUUAAUGAUUUCAAAAACUGAUUAUGAUGCUAAAAUAGCAUUUGAGGAAGAAUUAGAAAAAUGUUAUAAUAAUCGAUUUAAUGAUGCAAGAUCAUUUUAUUAUAAACUCCAACAAAAAAUUGUUAGCUAG